UUUUAAAAUGGAAGUUAAAAAGACUAAUUCCUCCGUCGCCUAGCCAAGCUGACCUGCUUAGUCAUUGGCCAAGCAUCAGAAAAACCACCAAAACUAUGACAAAUCACUGAGAUGUAGCCUUCUGUGACCCACUGUACAAAUUCGCUCUGGAGCGGAGAGAAGCAUGACUGUGUAUUGUUAUUUUGUUAUUAGGAGGCUGCUGAUGACUUGACGCGCGUACAAACUGAAAAGAACGCCACUAUCCAGACGUUAAAACAAUUACUGAACAGCAAAGAGCACGAAGUUCAGGCUCUGGAAAACAGCAAAGCUUGGGCAUCCCAAGAACACGACAAAUUAGUGAACAAACUAAAGAUGGCGAUACAAGAGAAGGACAAGACCAUUGGAGGAUUAGUAGAAAGCGGACGAGAAAAGGACAAGAUGUUGAAAGCGCUUCAGGAGUCCAGUAAAAGCCCAACAAAAGCGCCCAGCCCUGCUGAAGUGGCGGAUCUUAAGCGAAAUAUCAGUAUACUACAAGCUGAAGUACAAAAGAAAGAUGAGUCUUUAAAGAAGCUCGAGUCAGAUUACAGAAACAACUUGAGGAAGUUACAAGGCGACGACCGAGAGAACAAGCUGAAAAUUGAGAAUCUACAGCACGAAAUACAGACAAGAGAUGCAUUUAUGAAACAAGCAAAGGCUACAAUCGAGAAUCUUCGUUCAAGACUGCAGAGCAUUCCUAAUUUAGAGGCAAGAAUCUUGAUAAGACUCGUUUUAAAUAAAAAGAAUCAAUAAAUCAAUAACUAUUUUUUAUGUGUCAACCAUUUAGAUAGCUGCAAGGCUUA